CGAAAAAGCCUAACUUUUUCGCAUAUAUAUAUUCAUCAUUCAUCUUCAUUGAAGCACAGAAACUAGGAUUCCUAGUAACCCAACAAACCCUAAUAGCUACCACCACUGCUGCCUGCUGACGGAGAGAAUUCCAUGGCGGAUUCAAGUUCAUCUGUUCAACCCGCUUCUGAUGAACCAAGAGAGAAUAAGAAAGACUAUUCCACUGCAAUUUUGGAACGUAAAAAGUCUCCCAACCGUCUGGUCGUUGAUGAAGCAGUUAUGGAUGAUAACUCUCUGGUUGUCAUGCAUCCUGCCACCAUGGAGAAGCUUCAGUUUUUCCGAGGAGACACAAUAUUGAUUAAGGGGAAGAAGCGAAGGGAUACAGUUUGCAUUGUUCUUGGUGACGAACAGUGUGAAGAACCGAAAAUUAGGAUGAACAAGGUUGUGAGGUCGAAUCUGAGUGUCCGUCUCGGUGAUGUUGUAUCUGUUCAUCAGUGUCCUGAUGUGAAGUAUGCAAGGCGUGUCCACACCCUUCCAAUUGAUGAUACAAUUGAGGGGCUAACUGGCAACCUAUUUGAAGUAUAUUUGAAGCCAUACUUCAUGGAAAAUUAUCGACCUGUGAGGAAGGGUGAUCUCUUCCUGGUUAGAGGUGGGAUGCGGAGUGUUGAGUUUAAAGUAAUUGAGACAGACCCUGGUGAAUACUGUAUUGUUGCACCAGAUACUGAAAUCUUUUGUGAAGGAGAACCUAUUAAGCGUGAGGAUGAAGAGGCAUUGAAUGAAGUAGGAUAUGAUGAUGUUGGUGGUGUCAGGAAGCAAAUGGCUCAAAUUCGUGAGCUAGUUGAACUUCCUCUUAGACACCCGCAGCUCUUCAAAUCAAUUGGUGUUAAGCCUCCUAAAGGUAUCCUGCUUUAUGGACCACCUGGGUCUGGGAAAACCUUGAUUGCUAGAGCUGUUGCCAAUGAGACAGGAGCAUUUUUCUUUCUAAUAAAUGGGCCUGAAAUCAUGUCAAAGUUAGCUGGUGAGAGUGAAAGCAACUUGAGGAAGGCAUUUGAGGAAGCUGAAAAGAAUGCCCCAUCUAUCAUAUUUAUUGAUGAGUUAGAUUCCAUUGCUCCAAAGAGAGAAAAGACACAUGGUGAAGUGGAGAGGCGUAUAGUGUCCCAACUUCUGACUUUAAUGGAUGGCCUCAAGUCUCGAUCUCAUGUGAUUGUAAUGGGCGCUACUAAUAGGCCUAAUAGCAUAGACCCUGCAUUGAGGAGAUUUGGAAGAUUUGAUAGGGAGAUUGACAUAGGUGUGCCAGAUGAAGUUGGAAGGUUGGAAGUUCUAAGAAUCCACACAAAGAAUAUGAAACUUGCAGAUGAUGUUGAUCUUGAAAGAGUUGCAAAAGACACCCAUGGCUAUGUUGGUGCGGAUCUUGCUGCCCUUUGCACAGAGGCUGCUCUUCAGUGUAUCCGGGAGAAAAUGGAUGUCAUUGAUCUGGAGGAUGAGACAAUUGAUGCUGAGGUGCUAAAUUCAAUGGCCGUGACUAAUGAUCACUUUCAAACUGCCUUGGGGGCUUCAAAUCCAUCAGCCUUGCGAGAAACAGUGGUUGAAGUUCCUAACGUCUCUUGGGAUGAUAUUGGUGGGUUGGAAAAUGUUAAAAGAGAACUUCAAGAGACUGUCCAGUACCCUGUGGAGCAUCCAGAGAAGUUUGAGAAAUUUGGCAUGUCACCUUCCAAAGGUGUUCUCUUUUAUGGUCCACCUGGCUGUGGUAAAACACUCCUUGCCAAAGCAAUUGCCAAUGAAUGCCAGGCCAACUUCAUAAGUGUCAAAGGGCCUGAGUUGCUGACAAUGUGGUUUGGAGAAAGUGAGGCAAAUGUUCGAGAGAUAUUUGACAAGGCACGUCAGUCAGCUCCAUGUGUACUAUUCUUCGAUGAACUUGAUUCAAUAGCAACUCAGCGUGGCAGUUCUGUUGGAGAUGCUGGCGGUGCGGCUGAUAGAGUUUUGAAUCAACUCCUGACAGAAAUGGAUGGCAUGAACGCUAAGAAGACAGUUUUCAUAAUUGGAGCAACAAACAGGCCAGAUAUCAUUGACCCAGCAUUGCUUAGACCUGGACGUCUGGACCAGUUGAUUUACAUUCCCUUACCAGAUGAGGCUUCUCGCCUUCAGAUAUUCAAAGCAUGCUUGCGGAAAUCACCUGUUUCUCAACAUGUUAAUUUAGAAGCUCUAGCCCGAUACACUCAUGGUUUCAGUGGUGCAGAUGUAACUGAAAUAUGCCAGCGUGCCUGUAAAUACGCUAUCAGAGAAAACAUUGAGAAGGAUCUUGAGAAAGAGAAGAAGAAGCAGGGGAACCCCGAAGCAAUGGAGGAAGAUGAGACAGAUGAUGUAGCUGAAAUCAAGCCAGCACACUUUGAGGAAUCAAUGAAAUAUGCACGGCGAAGUGUUAGUGAUGCAGACAUCAGGAAGUAUCAGGUCUUUGCUCAGACCUUGCAGCAAUCUCGCGGAUUUGGUUCUGAAUUCCGUUUUGCAGAUAGAACUGAGAAUGCUGCAGGUGGGUCUGCCCCUUUUGCCACCUCUACUGCUGCCGGAGACGAUGAUGACCUGUACAGCUGAACAAGUUCGAUAUAGGCAACCCCAUGUUCAGUUACUUUGUUUAGGGAUUUUGUGGUGCUGAGCCUUUAUAUAUAUUAGUCUUCCUUCUUUUUUUUUUUCUUUUUCUUUUUUAAUUAAAAUAUGGAAAAAAUU